ACAACUCAGCUAACCAGGCAGGCGAUUCAUAUUCGUUCUGUCGUUCGUUUCGAUUCUGUCGCGUAGCGUAGCCGAAAAAUGGAGCGGUCGUCUGCUGCUAGCUGUCACUAUUGACAUCCAACUACAAUGGCAACACUGAAAGUGAUUAAACGGCAGAACUUGUAUGUACGCUAUUAAAAGCAAAUCUAUUCGAUUGUAAAAUAGUAAUGCCAACUAUUGUCGUUUGAGGAAAAACUACGUGGACUGAACUUUGCGUCUAUCAAUUGUAACGUUUUGCCUUGGCAACACUUACUGAAGUUUUCAUGUAGUAAAACGCAACUCUGCUAUUUUUGACUUAAUGCGGAUGUUGACAGCCGAUUAAUGACUUUUGGCAAAACAGCUGAGAGGAACAGCCGCCAGAAACGAAAAGAAAAUCAUUAGGAAAUGUGAUUUUAAUUACAUCACGUGCUAUACAGCAUUUUUCCUUAAAAUGUAUGGAUCUUACCAUGAUUUAUUAGGGGUUAAUAUAUGUUGAUGUUAAAAGCACUAAUGAAUUUUCUGCCAUUCUGAUCUUGUAAAAGGGCACUUCAUUGCCCUUAUUGUAUUAAUAAAAUAUAUACUGAGGAAUACAUAUGACAUGUGCGCUUUUGUAUAUGUAUGUAUACAAAUGCACAACGAUUCACAUCCGAACUCAACGUAAUGGUAGACAAAUUUCUCGGAAACAGGAUAAGGCUUAAAAAAUCAGUUAAACUGUUCACAGUCCAUGCAAAAGUAGAAUAUGACGAGUGUCAAAGCAAGAUCCUGCGACGACGAGAAGACGAGCAUCCGGCCGACGUUGGUUUUGUAAUGGAUAUACAUAUCUUGCACCAAGAAGGGAAUACUCCUAAUGAUUGUAGUGCUUCUAUCGGUUACGCUGCAGUUAUUAUGAAGACAUCUGGAUUUAGUCUCCCUACUCAAUUAAGUUUUAUAUUUUUAAAGCUACGUAAAUUUAUUUGGAAUUUAAGGAGAAAUUUUCACUUAAAUAAGAGUUUGAAGCUGUGUUAUUUACUUGGCAGUUGCUGUUCAUAAAACUUUCCUUGUGCUAUGAUAGCUGGCUAAAGAGGCAAUAAUAAAUGUGCAUAUCGAGCCCUAAUCGCCAAAAUAACGUAAGCGACAUUUUUUUCAAAAUUUUCUUUUUGAUGCA